UUGAAAACUGGUGAACAGUAUGGAAUUCAAAUAUAAAAAAUGCAGAAACCAACGUUCAAUAUUGAUGGAGCGUUCCGAUUGUUUGUGGUUUGGCGUGAAAGUUAUUUGGAUCAAAUACAAGAAGUAAGGGAUAACAAUAUGCCUAUAGUUUAUUUGGACGAGACUUACAUUCAUACUUCUCUGAACCACGCCAAAUGUUGGCAGAGCAAAAAUGAACCUGGAGUAUCGAUAGCCGUUUCAACAGGGAAACGACAUAUAUUAUUGUUCAUGCCGGUGGACCAUCCGGAUUUGUUCCUAAUGCACUUCUGGUAUAUAAUGAUAAAGAAAAAAAAGCAGAUUACCAUGAUUCGAUGAAUAAAAAUAAUUUUAAGAAAUGGGUUACGCAGAAAUUAAUUCCCAAUCUAAGUGAACCCACAUGUAUAGUUAUAGUUAUGGAUAAUGCCCGAUACCAUUCCUUUCGCAUUAAUAAACCACCAACAUCUGGCGACAGAAAACAUGUAAUUGCAGAGUGGCUGCGUUCGAAUAAAAUUUCAUUUCCACAAAAAGCAUCCAAAGCUAGAUUGGUGGAGAUUUGAGAUUUGAUUUGAUGAGACGUCAGAAACCUGAACCAAUAUAUGAAAUAGACACGAUUCUCUCCACAUACGGACACAAAGUGAUAAGAUUACCGCCAUAUCACUGUGAUUUAAAUCCUAUUGAGAUGAUUUGGGGCAUUGUAAAAGCUAAAGUGGCAGCUAAACAUAUGUCUAUCGAUCAUAAGGUUUUUCUACAGCUUGUUGAAGAUAGUUUUCAGAUAUAAAACUUAUUUUAAUGUUGAGAAUUUAGUUAAGUUAUGUAAAUUAUUUUGAAUUCAGUCAGAAUAAAUUAUUAUCGUAUAGGAAGUAACUCAGGAAAAUUGGAGCAAUUGAUGUGACCAUGUUAAAAAAAUUGAAGACGAUUAUAGGAAUAAAGGUCCUAUAAUCGAAUUGCAGACUGAACGUUUUAUAAUCGAGGUUGGUGGUCCUGAAAGGGACACAACAUCUGAUGAAAAUCAGAAUUCGUCAGAGUCAGAAAACGAAGAAUAUAUAAAUAUUGAAUAUUUAGAAUCAGAUUUUGACGAAUAGGUAAAUUGAAAGAACCGAAUUCUCUGUAAGCAAUGUUUUGACAUUAUACGAUUAUCAACAUGAAGCCAUUGCCCACUACCCCGACUAUACAUGACGUACGCACAUUAUUGCCAUACGUAAGCUGUUUGCAGCGACAUUAUCUCAGGGUUAAAUAAACUGUUGUCAGGCUUUAAAUAAAUAAAUAAAUGAACUGUAAUUGUCGCUCAAUACCUAAACAUCAUCAGAGAGGAAUGAUAAAUUUAGUGCAAUUCGGACCACAAGCGUCGUAGCGUGACAGCCAACAAAACUGACAUUGACAUGGUGAAGCUGUCAAAAGUUGACAACUUCCAAUUAUUAAUUUUCCACAAUAAACAUCCGUGUUUUGCAAGAAAAUGCUCCGGGAUCUUUACAAUGGAUUGCCUGAACGUUGCUGAGUGGUCCCCGGCGCAAGUGGAAGGAUGGCUGAAAGGUCUGGGUGCGCCGGUGGGCGGGUACGCGGCGGGGCUGCGCGCGCGCGGGCUCGACGGCGCCAAGCUGCUGAUGCUGCGUUGCGACGACCUCGAGCAUCUCGGCAUGCGCACCAUCGGCCACCAGGAGCUGCUGCUCGAGGCUGUUGAGCAUCUCCGCAAUUUUCAAUACGAGACCUCACGCGAGUGCGUACAGCAGAUGGCGCUGCGAGUGUCCGUGGCGGCCACCGGGCUCGCCCGGGCCCUGGCGGGGGGCUGCGAGCGGCUCGAGACGCAGGCCCUUAUGGACGUGGCGCGAGCUGUAGCAGCUGUCAAGGCGCUGGUGUGCUGGCUAGCCCGCUUCCCGAUGUCAGGCGGGCUGCUCCGCGACCGCGCCGCGCACCUGCUGGGGCUGUGCCUGGAGGCGGCCACGUGCGCGCAGCGGGACCGCUUCGCCGAGCAGCCGGCGCGGACCGUCGCCUCCGCCGCCGCGGCCGCCGCCGCCUCCGCCGACACCAUCAUACAGCACGUGUCGGACUCGUUCGUGCUGGCGCCGGCGACGCUGGAGACGGUGUCGCUGCGCCAGGCCGGCAAGCCGCUCGGCUUCAGCGUGCUGCCCGCCCUGAGCGGCCACCUGCAGCUGGCCAACAUACGCUUCGGCUCCCCGGCGCACGCUUCGGGGGCCGUCCACGAGGGCGAUGAGAUCGUGCAGGUGGGCGGCCAGUGCGUGGUAGGAUGGAGCGGGGCGGCCGUGGAGCACGCGUGCGCGGAGCGGGCGCAGGGCGGCGGCGAGCUGCUGCUGCGGCUGCGGCGGCGGGGCGCGCGCGUGGGUGUGCAGACUCGCAGGGACAGGUAGGAUGGAGCGGGGCGGCCGUGGAGCACGCGGGCGCGGAGCGGGCGCAGGGCGGCGGCGAGCUGCUGCUGCGGCUGCGGCGGCGGGGCGCGCGCGUGGGUGUGCAGACUCGCAGGGACAGGUAGGAUGGAGCGGGGCGGCC